GCACAGCGCGUUUGUGGUGCUUGUGAAGUGCUGCGGUGUUGCCACUUCCCUCUCUGCUUCGCUAGCGCGCUGCUUCUUCCCCAAACCGCCGCGCGAGUAAGGCAAAGGGACAGUAUAGUAGGAGUAAGGAGGAGGAGGAGGAGGAGGAGGUAGGAGGGAGAGACCCCCCAUUGUCUUUCUAUCGCCGCUGGAAAUGGCUGCUCUUCUGGAGGUGUUUCCGGUCCAUCGCCCCUCGGCCUCGGCGGCUGUACUGAGCUCUCCGUCGAGAACUCCUUUCCGGAAAGCGAUAUCCCUACCGGCGACAAGGGGGCUGCGGCUCGUGUCUCGUCCGGUUAGGGUUUGCACGGAGGUGCCCCUUGGAAGGCGGAAGAGAAGCGGAGCCGUUGUCUGCGAGGUGCCGGAUACAGCAAUCAAAGUGCCACUUGUGAAUGAAUCAACUUGGCAGUCUCUUGUCAUUGAGGAGGAGGGACCUGUGCUUGUGGAGUUCUGGGCACCUUGGUGUGGACCCUGCCGAAUGAUUGAACCCGUUGUAAGUGAGUUAGCAGUGCAGUAUGCAGGAAAACUGAAGUUCUAUAAGCUGAACACUGAUGAGAGUCCAAAAAUAGCGACUCAAUAUGGAAUCCGUAGCAUCCCAACUGUGAUGAUCUUCAGGGGUGGGGAGAAGAAGGAAGCAAUUAUUGGUGCUGUUCCAAAGACCACUCUUACUCUAAGCAUUGAGAAGUUUCUUCCUUGACUGUUCACAACCCAUUGUCGAGCUGUUGCAUUUGUGGUUUUAUUUGUGAUGAAGAUUCUCAAUGCAAGACUGCCAACUGGAUUUAGUUGCUCAAUUGCUGGUUUAUAAUGUGGAUUGAUGACCACGUUUGUAGCUCUGGGAAUAGAUUAAUACCAUUCUGUGGAUUGGCUAGCAGCUUGCGGGCUUAGUUGUUUGAGUGUAGCUCUCACAAGGUUGCAUUCCUGCACCAACACUAUCUGCCUCCACCAACUCUUCCUUUCCUCCAAACUUGCAAUGAACCUGCUAUCUGGUGGAUUAAUCCACUUAACUGUUCUGUCGAAAUGA